GGGCAGCCGCAUCGCUAAAACAAGCAAACAAUAAGAGAAAAAGGAGGAAAAUGCACGCGUUGGUCCAUACGUUUCUCCGAUGUGUUUCUUUGCUCUUGCCUUCGCACUGGCUUCAAUUCGGAUUUUGCUGGUGGAUUGAAGAUGAAUGCGGAAAGACAAUAUGGCCCAAUCCCAGAGCUCGUUUCAAAGGAAGAAAGCCUCUUACCGACCAGGAAGUAAGCGCACACAACGCUUUCAUCCCCUCCUCUUCCCCUGCUCCGAGCUGCAUCCCGCUUGCUGCUAGCCCUUCGCCGCCACAGGACAACCCGCAGGGUAGAAUCAGGGAGCUGUGGCAAUUUUUGGAGCGCUUCUUUGGGAUAGCCCUUACUAUUCACCAGCACUGGUUCCCAAAGCGUCGGCCUUUAUUUGCCCAGUAUCCUUUCACCUGCAAAUCGGCUACCGACGGCAUCGAGGAUAGCGCAGUUGCUGCUGAGAGAACCCAGAACAUCGUUCCUGCAGAGGACUGUAACGAGCCGAAGCGAAACGAAGGUUUCAUUCAGGACGGUAUGAGUGCGGCAAUGGAGUUGUCUUGUCCCGGAGAAUCUAUGUCAGAUUCAGCAAGACUGAUAGCGGUCGAUGAAGUGGGAGCGGACGAUAAACAGCUGCAGGUGAUGGUGACUCAAGUAAAGAUAACUGUUGCCAUUCAGGCGGCUGAAGACGAGGAACCAGAGGACGAAAACUCCUCAAACCCUGUAGAUUUCCUUGAGGGCAGCGGCAGCGACGAUGAAGUUGGAAGACACGAUAAAUCCAGUGGUGCAGGUACAAGUGGUGGAGAAUUGGAGGAGGUGAGCUGGCAGCCCCCGGACCCUGAGCUGAUGGAAAAGCUGGUGACACAGAUCGAAUAUUACCUGUCUGAUGAGAAUCUGGAACAUGACGCUUUCCUGCUCAAACAUGUUCGUCGCAACAAGCUGGGCUUUGUCAGUGUGAAACUGCUGACUUCCUUCAAGAAGGUGAAGCACCUAACGCGAGACUGGAGGACGACGGCGUACGCGCUGAGGCAGUCCACGCUGCUGGAGCUGAACGAGGAGGGGCGGAAGGUACGCCGUCGAUCCCCGGUGCCCGUGUUCGCCAGCGAGAGCCUGCCUAGCCGCAUGCUGCUGCUCAGCGCGCUGCAGAACUGGCCCGAGCUGGACGUGGCCCUGGAGGGCGGGGCCGGGGACGGCGAAGGCGGCGGCGGCGUCACCCAGCAGGAGCGGCUGAUGGAGCUCCUGCUGAAGGGCUUCGGCACCUACGGCCCCAUCGCCUCGGUGCGGGUGCUGAAGGCGGGGAAGGAGCUCCCGGCGGACCUGAAGAAGCUGAGCGGACGCUACACCCAGCUGGGGCUGGAGGAGUGCGCCAUCGUGGAGUACGAGGAGGUGGAGGCGGCAGUGAGGGCCCACGAGGCCGUGGCGGGCGAAGAGGAGGGGACCAGCACUCUGGGGGUGAAGGUGGUCCUGAUCGGGAUGAAGCCACCCAAGAAGAAGGUGCUGAGGGAGCGCCCGCGCGAGGAGGGGGGCAUGCGCAAGAGCCGCUCCCUGAACAGCAGGGUGCGGGAGCUGCAGUACCUGGACGAGUCCACCUGCAGCUCGUCCGAGACCGAGAGCAACCCCGCCACCCCCAGGCUGGUGCGCAAGACGCAGUCCCUCAACAAGCUGAGCCCCACGGGAGGGGGCGCCGGCCUGCUGCAGAACAAUCACCUCAGCCCCGCCCUGUCACCGCGCUCCAGCCCCUGGUCCAGCCCCCGCGUCAGCCCCCGCACAAGCCCCUGCCCCCAGCGCAAGUCCCCGCACAUCCAGAUGUCUCCCCUGGCCAGCGAGGGCAGGCUCAGCCCGGAGUCGGGCCGCCGCUGGGCGGAUUACUCUUCGGACAGCAGCCUGACCCCGCUCGGCAGCCCCUGGGUGCAGCGGCGCCGGCAGGUGGCCUCGCUGGAGAGCAGCCCGGUCGGGAGCCCGAUGCUGGGCCGCAAGAUCCAGAAUGCGGACGGGCUGCCGCCCGGGGUGGUGAGGCUGCCCCGCGGGCCCGACGGAACCCGCGGCUUCCACAACCCCUCGGUGGAGGAGCGGGGAAAGACUGCAGCAACCCAAACCUGAUCCAGAGGACCAGAGGGAAAGCCCACGCACCCAGCACGCUCCAGGCAGCAAACCGUGUAGGAGAGGACCGAUGCAACCCCCACAUACACUGGCUGGGAAUAUGAACAUUAGAAUGCCAUUUUUGCAAUUUGGCCUUUUUCGUUUUCUUUUUUUAUCCAUUUAUAAAUUAUUUUUGUGACCAUUCAAAAUGUUAUAAUUGUUAUAAGCUGUUACUACUGCAAGAGACUACUGCUGGUUUCUGUGAAAUCCCAAAAGUUGAGUGCUUUUGAGCAGUAAAUUCCAUACAGCAAUGGAGUUUCCCCAUAUGUGGGUUUAUGAAAAGGGGUGGGAGGAACUGGGGUCUGACUCCCUUUUUUUAUUUAAAGUGUCCCAUUGUGAAACAUUUUCAGUGGAUGUUGUGAAAGUGGAAAUGGUGUGAAGUAUAGACCAAUGAUUCACAGAAAAGGGCACGUUGUGAAUUGAUCACUGUAGACCAUUUGUCUGUCUGAAUAUAUUAUACAAAAAUGACUUGCUCUUUGUGUAACAUGGCCAUUUUCAUGCUUAGUCUUGUUUUUGUUGUAUUGUAGCAAAUUGGCUUUAAUUUGGUUUCCCCUUAAGCCUCAGAACUGAUAGCUAAAGCUGCUAAUUUAAGAGAUGCUAUCCACAUUCUGAAAUGGUGAUUUGUACUGUAUAGGGUCAGUCUCUCCCUUGAGAGAAAGUAGGGAUUGAUGCAUUUCCUGUUUGAUGUGUGGGAAUGGCAGUGUUUGUGUGUGUGUGGGAGGAUUGUUUGUGAAGGUCCAUGCUCAGUUUGCUGCAGCAAUGAAAUGUGCAUCUCCUCUUGUACAAAUAAAGCACUAAAAUUGCAUUUGCACUUGA